UUUAUUUAUUUCUAUGAAAGGGACUUGGGCAAAAAGGUGAAUGCAUUGCACAGUGUGGCAUAAGCAGGAACCCUUCAGCUUACAACAGCUAAACGGGGGAAGGCGUCUACUCGAGUACUGUACUCGUACUAGGAGCUGACAAGGGGGGAACUCCUGAGAAGGAGAGAGAGUUACAGUACAGUACUUGUACAAGUACUUCAGCUAUCCGGCACCCACCUUUAAGUGACCUCCAACUGGGAGAAGUGAUCCUCACUCUGAUCUUCGCUUCAUCUUUGCAUUUUCCUCCUCCUCCUCCUUCGAGAGAAGAGGUGGUGUUCCCGUCCUCAAGAGAACCUCAUCCUUUUCGUUCGAUUUUCGACUUCGCUUUCGGACACGGUGUCUAAUCUACAGCUAUCCUGACGUCAAUCCUUAUUGGCCCUCCUUCCCUUUCUCUUUGUCUGACGUCCGUAUGGUCUGCGGUUGUCAGGGUUGCUUUUUAUCUUGGAGGUGUUAGGGAGUCCCUGCAAUAAUUUCUCGGCAGGCGAGCUGCACCGAACCACCGAUAUCCCUUUCCCAAGAGCCUCCUCAUAACCUCACUCAAGCAGCUAGAGGUCCCCCCCAAAAAAAAAAUCGUGAAAAUUCCUCCUCCUCCGCUUUCUUUCUCUUCCGGUUCACUCCCUUUCAUUCGUAAUCACCGCCGCAUGCAUUCUCUGUCCCGAUGAUGUCCAGGCACUCUCACUCUUACUCCAACGGCCAUGCCUACGGACCAAGCAAUACAUUCUCUAUUUCACCACAUAGAUUUCAGCCCCGCACACAACCUGCGCUACGAUGGCGACGGAAGAUUCUCUUUAGGAUAUGCUCGAUUUCUGCCGUCGCCGCCGUGAUAUUACUCCUCAUCUUCCCCUCGUUCCGACAGGUCCUCCUCCCGUCGCUGGGCCUGUCAGCGCUUUUGCAAGACGAUCCCUCGAUAUCUACUGUCAAGCACUAUGAUCUCUCCAACGUGCAGGGGACCUCCCGCGGCUGGGAGAAGGAUGAGAGAAUACUCAUGUGUGUGCCACUGCGUGAUGCUGAGGUCCAUCUCCCCAUGUUCUUCUCGCACUUGCGUAAUUUCACGUACCCUCAUCGCCUGAUUGACCUUGCGUUUCUGGUGUCCGACUCGAAGGAUCACACCUUGACGUUACUCAAAGAGCAUCUGGAAAAGGUGCAGGCUGACCCCGAUCCGCUCCAGCCCUUUGGGGAGAUUUCUGUGAUUGAGAAGGAUUUUGGGCAGAAGGUUCAACAAGAUGUUGAGAAUAGGCACGGUUUCGCUGCGCAAGCGGGCCGUAGGAAAACCAUGGCACAGGCCCGGAAUUGGCUCUUGAGUGCUACGUUGAAGCCUUACCAUUCGUGGGUUUAUUGGAGGGAUGCCGAUGACCUGAUGAGACACAACAAAGACGUCAUUGUUCCGAAUGUCUGGCGACCGCUUCCUGACUGGCUUGGAGGCGAACAACCCUAUGAUCUCAAUUCCUGGCAAGAGUCGGAGACCGCCCUUGCGCUUGCUGAGACACUUGAUGAAGAUGCUGUCAUCGUUGAGGGAUAUGCUGAAUACGCCACCUGGAGACCUCAUCUUGCCUAUCUCCGUGAUCCAUAUGGUGAUCCUGAUGUUGAGCUGGAGAUUGAUGGAGUCGGAGGUGUCAGUAUUCUUGCGAAAGCACGUGUGUUCCGAGCCGGCGCCCAUUUCCCUGCAUUCUCCUUCGAGAAGCAUGCCGAGACUGAGGGUUUUGGAAAGAUGGCAAAACGCAUGAGGUUCUCGGUUGUUGGGCUCCCACAUUACACUAUCUGGCAUCUUUAUGAACCUUCAGCAGACGAUCUUAAACACAUGGAACGCAUGGAGGAAGAGAGAAUCGAGAAGGAGGCUAGGGAGAAGGAGGAGACUGAGCGCGCAAAGAGAGUUAGCGAGAGCUGGCAAGAUAAGAAGGGCGAGUGGGAGCAAGAUAAGAGGGAAAUUCAAAACAAGGCCUUAGAAAAGAGCAGGGAGCGAAGGGAGCGAAAGGAGCGCGGAGAGCGGAAAAUUCUCGGAGGGAGUGAGCAAGGACCGCAUGCACAUGCCGGUGAGGAGGAGGCAGAAGUAAAGAAGGGAGAUGGGGAGAGCAAUGCCGAGGCAAACGGCAUUGAUGCUGCGGAUGGUGCAUAGGUGUCAGAAUAUCUUCAUUAGGGCCAGCUUAGAUCGGGUGUCAGUGGGUAUUUUUUGUGUACUGGCGUGAAACGAUGUAUCUUUGGUUUGCUUACCUUUGCUUUUUCCUUGAAAAAAAAAAGAAGGGGGGUCAUUUUCUGCCUUUAUUGUAUCUCAUUGCAAUUGCACCUUUUCCCUUUUUUCCUUUCCCCCCUUUCUUUUCCACUGGACAGAGAGGGGGGGAGGGGUCCAGUGGUCACGGACCAUGGGAUAUCAAAAUAUAUUUCAAAGUACUAGUAGUGUUUAUUUUCCUUUUCUCUUGUUUCCUUUCUUUUCCCUUUGUUUGUUUAUUUAGAUGGUCGGGUUCGGUUGAAAUAAUGGGGUUAUGAAGAAUUUAUAUAAAAAAAA